AUGGCUACAGUUUCAAACGGCAACGAGUACGACUUUAUCAUUGUCGGUGGCGGUACCGCCGGCAAUGCGGUAGCCGGACGCCUCGCUGAAAACCCCAAGGUUCGCAUCCUGGUGGUUGAAGCAGGUGUUCCCAACCCUGACCAAGUCGAGGCUAUCACCACUCCCUCACAAGCAUUCGGCCUCCGAGGAAGCAAACAUGACUGGGCCUAUAAGUCAACCAUGAUCAAGCGAGAUGACUAUGAACGAGUCGAAAAGCCCAACACCCGUGGCAAGGUGCUCGGUGGAAGCUCCUGCGCCAACUAUUUCACCUGGAUUCCUGGCUCUAAGCCCACCUUUGACGAUUGGCAGGAGUUCGGUGGCGAGGAGUGGAAUUGGGAUAACUGUGUCGACUAUUUGCGCAAAUGUGCCACCUAUCACGAUGACGAGAAGCUCUACCCAGCCGAGCUGAAGAAAAUCGGCAACGGCGGCCCUGUCAACAUUGCCCAUGCUGACCUUGUUCCCGAAAUGCAGCCUUUCCGUGAUGCCCUAACCACAGCAUGGGUCUCCAAGGGUGAGCGUCUGACUGAAGACAUCUAUGAGGGUGAGAUGAGGGGUCUGACUCACUGUGUCGACACGAUUUACAAUGGUCAACGACAGGGCAGUUUCCUGUAUCUCAAGGACAAGCCCAAUGUCACCAUUGUUUACGGUGUCCGAUCCAAGGAGCUCAUCAUUGACCUGUCUACGAACACUUGCGUCGGAGUGACCAUCGUCAACGAUGCUACCGAUACAGAGCUCAGCGUCUACGCCAGCCGAGAAGUCAUCGUAUCCCAAGGUGUAUUUGAGACCCCAAAGCUUCUCAUGCUCAGUGGCGUCGGUCCAUCAGCAGAGUUGUCUCGCCAUGGCAUCACCACCAAGGUCGAGUCCCCUCAUGUUGGUCAACAUCUUCUUGAUCACCCCAUUGUGCCUUUUGUUCUACAGAUUAAGGACGGCUACGGCCUAGACGACCACAUUCUCCGAAAAGGACCUCUAAAUGACAAGGCAUUGGCAGCAUACAAGCGCGACAAGACGGGCCCGAUCAGCUCCGGACUCUUGGAACUUGUCGGAUUUCCCCGUAUUGACGAACGACUAAACAAGUAUGAGAGCUACCGCGAGGCCAAGGCUGCUAAUGGCGGUCUGGAUCCCUUUGGACCUUCUGGUCAGCCUCAUUUUGAGCUAGACUUUGUCGGCAUGUUCAGUACCGCCUUCCAGUGGCACUAUCCCGUCCCAGAGCAAGGAAGCUAUAUGACUGUUAUUGUUGACCUCUUGCGUCCUCUUUCUGAGGGUGAGGUCACUUUAAACAGUGCCAGCCCCUUGGUGCAGCCAAAUAUUAAUCUCAACUUCUUCGCCAACGAUUUGGAUAUCUUGGCUAUGGCGGAAGGAGUGCGGUGGACGUAUGACCUCCUUACUACUGGCGCUGGCUUCAAAGAUAUUGUCGUUUCAGAAUAUCCUUGGAAGAUGCCUCUGCAUUCCGACGAGGAGAUGAAGAGGGCGGUUUUGGAUAGGAGUCAGACUGGUUUCCAUCCUUGCGGAACUGCCCGUCUUUCGAAGAGUAUCCAUCAGGGCGUCGUAGACCCAAAGCUCCGUGUUCACGGAGUCAAGAACCUGCGCAUCGCUGAUGCUUCCGUCAUCCCGGUAAUUCCUGACUGUCGUAUUCAGAACUCAGUCUAUAUGAUUGGCGAGAGGGCUGCUGAUAUGAUUAAGGCCGCACACAAGGACUUGUAUGAGGCGAACCAUAUCCCCUACUUUGUUCAAAGCAGACUUUAA